GAAAAAUAGACAUGCUGGUGGCUACGGCUGGCACAGGAGGUACUAUCACUGGCAUCUCCAGAAAGCUAAAGGAGAAGUGUCCAGGUUGCAAAAUUAUAGGUGUUGAUCCUGAAGGCUCCAUCCUUGCUACACCAGAAGAACUGAACAAGACUGACAAGACAAUGUAUGAAGUGGAAGGAAUUGGAUAUGAUUUUGUCCCCACAGUGUUGGAUAGAUCUGCAGUGGACCAGUGGUACAAGAGCAACGAUGAAGAAUCGUUUGCUUUAGCACGCAUGCUGAUCCGAGAGGAAGGACUGCUGUGUGGUGGCAGCUCAGGCAGUGCCAUGUCUGCAGCUGUGAAGGCAGCCAAAGAGCUGAAGGAAGGUCAGCGCUGUGUUGUUAUCCUCCCUGACUCUAUCAGGAACUACAUGUCCAAGUUCUUGAGUGACAAAUGGAUGAUUCAGAAAGGGUUCAUGAAAGAAGAAGACCUUGUCAAAAAACCUUGGUGGUGGAACAUCAGUGUUCAGGAACUAAGCCUCUCUGCUCCCCUGACUGUGCUUCCAACUGUUACCUGUGCAAAGACUGUUGAAAUUCUCCGGGAGAAGGGAUUCGACCAGGUACCAGUUGUUGAUGAAUCUGGGGUGAUUUUAGGCAUGGUUACUCUGGGUAACAUGCUUUCUUCGCUGCUUGCUGGAAAAGUUCAGCCUUCUGAUGAAGUCAGAAAAGUAAUAUACAAGCAAUUUAAACAGAUUAACCUGAAAGACAACUUGGGGAAACUCUCUCAUAUCCUGGAAAUAGACCACUUUGCUCUAGUGGUUCAUGAACAAAUUCAGUAUCACAGUGAUGGUUCCUCCAGUAAGCGGCAAAUGGUGUUUGGCAUCGUUACAGCCAUUGAUCUGCUUAACUUUGUGACUGCGCGAGAACGGGAAAGAAAGUCCAGCUAAAGUCAAGUAGCA